GUACAUUAAGUGUUGAUGUUGUAAUUGUUUUUGAUUACAGGUAAACAAGUCAGAACCAAACUCUCUCAAGCCUUUAAUCACUGGCUGAAUGUUCCUGAAGAUAAACUUCAGGUUAUAAUUGAAGUGACAGAAAUGUUGCACAAUGCUAGCUUACUUAUAGAUGACAUAGAAGAUAAUUCAAAGCUUCGACGAGGUUUUCCAGUGGCUCACAGUAUCUAUGGAAUACCAUCUGUAAUAAAUUGUGCAAAUUUUGUGUAUUUUCUUGGCUUGGAGAAGGUUUUAACACUUGAUCAUACAGAUGCUGUAGCUGUAUUUACUCGCCAGCUGUUGGAGCUCCAUAAAGGCCAAGGCCUGGAUGUUUACUGGAGAGAUACUUACACCUGUCCCACAGAAGCAGAAUAUAAAACCAUGGUUCUGCAAAAGACAGGUGGCCUUUUUGGACUAGCUGUGGGCCUCAUGCAGUUGUUCUCUAACUACAAAAAAGAUUUAAAACCACUUCUUAACACCCUUGGGCUCCUCUUUCAAAUUAGAGAUGACUAUGCAAACUUGUACUCCAAAGAAUAUAGUGAGAACAAAAGUUUUUGUGAAGACUUAACCGAAGGGAAAUUCUCAUUCCCGACUAUCCAUGCCACACGGUCCAGGCCAGAAAGCACACAGGUGCAGAAUAUCCUGCGACAGAGGACUGAAAAUGUAGAUAUAAAAAAAUACUGUGUACAUUACCUUGAGAGUGUGGGUUCCUUUGAAUAUACACGAAAAACCUUAAAACAACUUGAGUCUGAAGCUUAUAGACAGAUUGAAUCUCUUGGGGGAAACCCGGAGCUUGUAGCAUUAGUUGAACAUUUAAGCAAAAUGUUCAAGGAGAAUGAAAACUGAAACCAGUUGUCAGGCACAUGACUGGAAUCAUUUUAUAAUUCCUUCCAUUGAUGGAUAGGAACAGAUCUCAAACAUUUUAAGGGAUAAUGGUGUUUGGCUUCAUCCUGGAUUAUCUUUGGCUUAAUUUCAACUGCUCAUUUAAUACUGCAUAAAGCUACAAAUUUAAAUAUAGCUAUCAAGUUUUACUGUAAAACUUCAUUCUUAGUCCAUUUCUUUUUAUUGUGGAUUUAUUUUCAUUCUGACCAAGACAUGUAAUCAACUUCUGAAUACAAGACAGCAUGGAUGUUUCACCUUCAAUGUUUUAUUAAAUUUGCAUUUAUCUA